AUUCCAGGGGUGCGGCUAUAUUUGGUCGCGCUGACGCUGCUGGCCACAGUGGCAUGUCACAAGCCUCACCGAAGACGCUCUUUAGCGGCCCAAACACAAAAUUUGCCAGUCUCGAAAGGCGGCUGGAGACCCGUGAUCGGAUCAGGCGGACUUCUAUACGGAUCUAUUAACACCGCACAGCUACAUUCUCCUUAUAAGAUACCAGCUUCUGGACUGGAAAUGUAUCAUUCCUCAGCGAGACCAUUUACUGCCAGGGAUGUAAACAAGCUGACAUCGAUAGCCCAAUCAUACCACCCAACUACACUUCGAACUGUACCAAUAACAUCGCAUAACUUACCCCCAAACCAACCUAUAAACUCGUACCUCAACCCCUUCGCCCUACCAAACAACCUGAACCAAUAUAAAUUCCUCCAAAACUAUCCGAUAGACAGCAACAUUUUCCGCAAUCAACACCACCAGUACUCCGUUCGUCCGGUCUUGAAGAACACGAAACAGAAGCAAUACCAUAACAAUAUAGGUCAGAUAUCCAAUGCUCAGUCGAUACAAUACGGGCAGUACAAUAUACCUUUAGACAUAUAUGGGAAAAUAGAUUACCCAAGACCGGAUGGUAAGCGGCCACAGUCGUCUGACACCGAGAUUUACAAAACUGAAGUUUUUAAGCUACCCGAUACCGACACGGCCUCUCAGUUCAUCGCACAGCCUGUGAAGACGGCUCACCAACAGCAUACGUUCACGUCUAAAUUACCGAUCAAUCAAUAUGGCCAUCCAUUCCAAGAUAAUGUUUACAACAUGCAACAGUUCCCGAGCAUUUUAGGUACUUUCGGAUCCUUUGGCCUACAAUCCGUAAAAGGAAGAGAUCAUUUGCAUCCAAACACAAAAACGACAUAUUUACCCCCACAACCGACCAAGCAGACAAUUUUCAACUCUUUUAACUAUUCACCAAGUUUCAAAACUACAUCUAGUUUAUUCCCUUCAACUACCCCUAAGAUGAAAACAACGAAAAAUCACUUAAUCUUCAGUUCAACGUUCAAUGAUCUCGGAAAUGUUCCCACGCAGCGAACAAAAGUAGUUUCUCAGUUAAAAAUUGACCCCAACGCUGGACUUAAAAACUAUUUUAAGCCUAGCCCCCAGGAUCCGUUCAUCAAGAACACCCAUAACUUUGACUUCAAUAAGAUUACUACUUACAAUCCUCCUAUUAUACAAACUACUACGCAAGGUACUUUCUACAACGAUUAUGGCUACCAGUCACAAAACUCCCAAAACUAUGAUGACCACGAAACUGUCAACAUCAAUCAACAAUACGUUAAAACGAAACAAAAGGUAUCUGAUAACGUCGGUCUCACACAACAAGUUUCCCAACAAUACGCUCACGCUCCUGGACUAUUUGAUCUACAGAGCUCUUUCAAUAGUCUGUCUCAUCGACCUUCGUACGCAGUAGUGGAAAAUAUAUCAGAAGACACAAAUACCCACACAUCACCAUCAUGGACAGUUACUCCACAAUCCUACACUCACAAUCAGAAAAACGAAGAAACUGUUACAAAACCUGACAAUACUAACAAUAAUUUCGAAAAACCAACAACUGCAACUCCCGAUUCGGCAGAUGAGUAUGCCAUUGUCACAGAAGGCGAGAAAGGUUAUCAAAAUGACUUCAAUUAUGAAAGUCACAUAGACACUCAAAGUCGACGACCUCUAGGUGAUGACUUCGAACCCAUCGGAAAGACCAAAUUGAAGGAAUACUAUUACAAAGUUUCCACUCCAGUAUACCACGAUCACAAACCCUACAGAAGAACGAAGAAGCCGAAUGAUAUACCUAAACAGGAAAUUACAACACAAAGUGCAAAUAGAGAUAACACUGAAGUUGCGAUUGAAACAUUACCUACUCUCCCUCCCAAUCUUCAUUUUAAACGCCCAAGUACUUCUGAAACUGUAGUAGAUAAGGAUAAAAUCAGAAAACGGAAUAAGAUCAGGAGACGUCGUCCAAUAAAUCGUAACAGAGAAGAAACAACAACUCGCAGAGAUUUAUCUACAGACGCUUCAACUACUACUUCGGAUGAAAUUCCUACCAUACGACCACGGGUAAGACCUAUCAAGGCAAGAACUGAAUCGAUUGUGACUACUCCAACUGUAACUACAGACUUAACUACAAGCGCAUUACCAACUACAUCUCCCACAAAACCUACUACUAUACUCAAGAAAAAGCUUCUCGGUCACCGACGGCCUUUAACAACUCCUUCAGACAAAAUUGAUACAACGACCCAGUCCAUAAACGAACAAGAUUACAAUAAAGAUUCUCCUAUAAUGAAAAUAUCUUCUCGCCCACAAUCAUCUAAAGUGUCUAUUAAUCUUAAUGAAUAUAAAACCAGCGAAAUUCCAGAUUAUAGUCAUAAACAGGACGAAAAGGAUACACCAACGAGUGACGUUUCCGUAAGUCUAACCGAUACCCUUCAAGAUUUUUCAUUCCACCGUGAUGCAAAACCUGUACUGACAAAGAAGUCUACCACAGAAUCAGUAAAAGAAACUGAGCCAACAACUAUCGCAUCACGCACAGAAUCAGAUUCACGUACGACAGGAAAAAUACAAAGGCCAAGACUAAAAAGCAAAUUGGAUAGACCAAAAUUCAGCGUCAAAGAUUAUAGAAAUCGAUUAAAUUCAACAACAAGUACAACGGAAAAAGUGGAAGAAAACACACACAAACCAAGAUUUCCGCAACGAAAGAAUCCAUACAGCGAGGUUAUUUUUAGCGACGUCGAAACAACGACAGAAAGAAAGAAGUUUACGCCUAAAGAACCCAGACACAAAUUGAACAAGACUGAAAAUAACGAGCAGGAAAUUCAUUCAAGACAUAAUGGCCGGCCGAAACAGAACACAGACAGUGAGGUUAUAACACAAAAGAUUUCAUCUCGAAUUCGCAAUGGUCAGAGAAGGCCAAAACCAACUGAAGACGCCACAGAAACAACUAGUCCGACAACUGCACAUAAAAGACCUUUAAGAAAGAAGAUUCCAGACUCAGAAAUUGGGCAAUCGGUACAAGAUAUAACAGUGACGGAAACCACACCAAGUAAUGAUCAUAAAAAUGAUAUCACUUCUGAAAGAACGCGAUCUGAAAGUGCAAUCAUGAAAAUAGCGGACAAAAAGCAUCACGACCAUAUAGAACGACUCUUUGAGCAUUCAAAACGAGUGUCAGAUUUAACUCUAGCGGCCAGCAAAGACUACAGCACCCCCGGUAUGUUUAAAACUCUCUCUUCGAAUAGCAGACGGAUACCAAGUUACUUCACAAUAGCUACAGACGACCCUAUACUUCCAAUAGAAGCUUUUUUCCCCCAGCUUAACCAAAAGAAGGAAUCGUAA